GUGGUGUGGGUGUGGAGAGAGAGAGAGCGAGAUCAUGGCCAUAUCAACUAGCUGCUGCCUCAACCUCUCCCCUUCACCUCCCAAUUCUAGGCCCUCUUCCCUCCCUUUGAAGACAACUCAAAUAGCAUGGCCAAGUAGUGAAAGAUCAUGGGGGAGUCGGUGCGUAAUAGGAGUGGCAUGCAUGAUCAUUGGUUUGGAGAUGGGAAGUUCAAUAGGCAAUGAAGAAACUGCAAUUGCCAGUGACAUACAGCUUAUAAUAGUAAAAUCAAGACACGAGGUUCAACGGUGGAGUGACAAAAGGGCUUGUCCGCCUUGGCAGGUGAAUUCAUUGAAGUUCAAAAAAUGUACCGUAGUACAUAGUUGGCAUUUUGUUUGCAGCAGUAGUAGUACUGUGUGCAGUACAAGGGGAAGUACAAGGACGAGGAAGUUUUGAUGGGUCCAAUAGAAGACCACAAAGUUUUAGAUAAUAGUAUUUUUUUUGAAUUU